UACUUCUCUGUAUAAAUGGCAAGAGAAGGCACCUCACAUAGCAUUCAAAGCCACCACCACCUCCAUAAGCCAAGCGCAGAGGCCAUGAAGCCCAUCCACUACGCCUUAGCAUUUUUGUUUCUCCUCCUGGCCUCUUCUCAUCUCCAAGCCACCAUGGCAGAUUCAGCAUUUUGUCGGAGCAAAUGCAAGGUGAGGUGCUCCAAGGCCAGUGUGAUGGAUGGCUGCCUCAAGUACUGCGGCUUGUGCUGCGCACAGUGUCAUUGCGUGCCGUCGGGCACCUACGGCCACAAGGACGAAUGCCCAUGUUACAGGGACAAGACCACCGGCGUCGGCAAGCGGCGGCGACCAAAGUGCCCGUGAUUCGGUUCUUCGCCAGACCUUCGGAGCAGUUUCCUUUCUCUCGGGUUCUUCUCGUGCAUGUCAUGUGCCUGCUUGUUUUCUUGUGAGAGUGUCUGAUAUGUGAGUGGAGAUGCAUGUACCUAAGUAAUCGUAAGCAGUGCUGGAAUAAAGUGUUUUUUGUAUCUCAAUA